AUGUUGAACAUGGAGAUGAACAUGAUCUCGAACGCAUCUUGCGACGGAUGCAUCGACAGCGACAGAGAUUCGGACAGCAGUAGCAUGAUCGUGGACCCUGUGAGUUUGGACAAAAAUGACCUAUCUCCACAAUCAUCCACCAGUCCCAUAACCCCCACGGUUCCGGUUCCAUCCAGGAACAGAAACAGGAACUUCAAGAAGAAUUACUCGAUGAUAGCUGCUACCCAGAAAAGUCAUCAAGGUAACAAUUAUUCUUCGGAUAAACUCUCCUCGUCGCUUAUCAAACCCCCAUAUUCUUACAUCGCACUCAUCACCAUGGCGAUACUGCAAUCUCCUCAGAAGAAGCUUACCUUGAGUGGAAUCUGUGAAUUCAUCAUGACGAGGUUCCCUUACUACCACGACAAAUUCCCUGCUUGGCAGAAUUCAAUCAGGCACAACUUGUCCUUGAACGAUUGCUUUAUCAAGAUUCCAAGGGAGCCUGGAAAUCCCGGGAAGGGAAAUUAUUGGACUUUGGAUCCACUUGCGGAGGACAUGUUUGAUAAUGGGAGUUUUUUGAGACGGCGAAAAAGGUACAAGAGGCCACCUCCUCAUUAUGUUUUGAGAGAUAGGGCUAUCAUGGCGACUUUUGCAAUUUGUGGGGACAGGACACCUUGUGCUGGAGGAGGUCAUCCUGGGGCGAUUCCUUAUCCUUAUUUGGCUACACCUUCUGGAUUGCCGCUUUUGGAUUUUCCAUCUUCGGCUUUGGAAGCUUUGAAGUUGAGGAAUUUUUUGGAACCACCACCACCGCUUUAUAAACCGGUGCCUAUUACAGUUCCACCUAUGAGGCAGAUGAAUCCUGUUCCGAGGCACACUAUGCCGAGUGUUUCACAUGUUGUGGAUAAGAAGAGGAAUUUUAGUAUUGAUGCAAUUAUUGGCAAGCAGGUUGGUAACGAGCAGAAUGUGGGAGGAUUGCUUGAUCUGAGUCCGUCGGAACACCGAGAGAUUAGGAGUCAGGCGUCUGCUUUUUCGCCGCUGAUUUAAAGGU